AUGAAUACCACCCUUGCAGAGCCCAAGACAUCCAUCAUUGUAAAUGGGCGCAAGCGCAUUACUUCCAAGUUCACUGAUGGUAGCGAGAUGAUUGAAGAGUUUGACGUUAUCACCGAUGAUCUUCUCCUGCGCAAGCGACGAAUGAAGAACGCUCUUGGGAACUAUAGCGACUGGGAGGUCGAGGUGGGAACUGAAACGCGGGUGCGAAACUUAGACAAGGAGUUACUGGUAGAAUCCAACGGCAGCCCUGAGCUAGUGAAGCAAGACACACCCGAAUAUCAUGUCUUUCGAAUCCGCAACCUGCCAUACAAAAAGGAUGUAUUUAAUGUUGCAAUUGAGCGGCGAAAUGCUGAGGACGUUGGCGAGAUUGUGGUGCGCACAAGUAACAAAAAAUACUUUAAAAGACUGAGCAUUUCUGCCCUUCAGCAGCAUAACAUUCCACUCGACCCGGCGAAUCUCUCCUACGACGUGCAACACAACACACUGAUCAUUCGCUACAGGAAACAUCUUGCCGUUUUGGCUUCGGAGGCGGCGGCAAAGAAGGAAAGAGCAGCACUGCCUGCGAAGCGUGUUGACGAGGCGGAGAGUGCGGGGUGUGCGCAGCAGUAA